AUGGCAUUCCAGAUGGCUAGCAGCAGCCGUAGCCCGGACGCCUUCCGGCCCAGCAUGUCGUCCUCGAGCCCAACCUCGCGGUGCAGCAGCUCGCCCUACGGCAGCGAGCUCAACGACCGCAACCGCGAUAGGAUCGUCAUGGCCUGCGUACAUUGCCGCAAGAGGAAGUCAAAGUGCUGCGGCACGCGACCGACGUGCGGGUCGUGUCAGCGGGCAGGCCGGGCGUGCCGGUACGAGCCCGUGUGCGAGCGCGAUAGCUGGGCGGCCAAGAUGCGCAAGAAGCGCGACCGCCAGCGCAACGCGGCCAACAGCAUCGCAAUCGAAGAGGCUCGCAGCCAGCAGGCGCUCAUCGAGACCAUGAUCCGCACCGGCGCCCUCGCCGCGCCGUGCUUUGACCCGUCGACGUCGGCGGCGCAGGCAUUGGCGCCCUCGCUGCACCACCACAUGCGCGCGCAGGUGCCGGCGCCGGCACCGCCUUCCAUCCUCUCGAUCGGCCAUGCGUCGUCGUCGUUGCCGCAGCAGGCCAUGCUUCCGGCCGGCGCCCUGGUCGCGCCCCGGCGCCACGACGUGCCAUCCCCGCCCCUCAAUGUCGGUCUGGGCCUGUGCAUCGACGGGCAGAGCCCGCUCUACUCGCCCAGCUCGUCCCCGACGGCGGCCACCGCCGCCCAUCCUGGCUGGGCGUCGACCGUGUCUUCCUCAGGCUGGACGUCGGUGAUGCCCCCGAGCCUCUCCUCGUCGUCGUCAUCGUCGUCAGCGUCGUCGUCGUCGUCGUCGUCUUCGUUGGCGUCUCUCCCCUGCUCGUCCCUCGCCGCCGGCCCUACCGGCUCGCCGCGAUCGACGUGUCGCUUCAGCCUGAGCUCGCACUCGAGCCGCAGCUCCAUCUCGAGCAUCGCCGAGGUCCAACAGCAGCAGCAGCAGCAGCAGCAACAACAACAACAACAACAACAGCAACAGCACGCGCCGACGUCGUUGGUGACGGAGUGCGGCAGCAGCGAUGCAGCCGUGCCCAUGAUGCCGACCGCGAUGCCGACGGUGCUCCAGCGGCGAUGCGACCCGACCUCGCCGUCGUUUGACGAGGCCUGGAUCCCGCCGCCGCCGGCAGCCGAGUUCGCCACGGUCCGGCACGACAGGCUGUGGCAAGGUACGCCAGCGCUCGGCCUGUCGUCGAGCAGCGAGGGCGAGUCUGCCACGCCGACGCUGCGCAAGGGCGGCGGCGGCAUCGAGAUGGUGCGGCCGCCCCUCGAUAUCCUCGCCGCGGCUCCAUGCGCGCAGACGAUGGUGUUUGGCAGCACGCCGACACCGCUCCACCCGCAGCAGCAGCAGCAGCAGCAGCAGCAGCAGCAGCAGCAACCCGCUUCGUUUGCGAGCACCCUGAGUUACGCUCUCGGGCUGGGCUCGAACCACAUCGAUGCCGACGCCACGGACGCCGCGACGGCAACGGCCAUGUCCAUGGGCGUGGCGCUGACGGUGACGGCGCCGCCCAACCUGUGCGCCUCGUUUGCGCCCCUAUCGCCCUCGAUGUCGGCGUCGUCUGGCUCGUCGCCCGCGUCUUCGUCGUCGCUCCUGGCCGCGCUCCAGUUCCAGCCGCACCGAUACGGCCCCUUGAGCAGCGGCAGCUGUCCCGACCUGUUCCAGUGA